ACAACUCUGAGGUGCCAAAUCUAAUAUAUAUAUAUACCCGUUCUCGUUUUUUCAUCAGAGAGUAUAGUCGGAAGGAAAUAUAUCAUAAAAAAAAUCAUGGCGCCAAAUCACACCCCCUCACCAGGCAACGACUUCUCGUCGGGAGAGCCUCCGAUGCGCCGGCCGCAUCUCGAGUUCAUAUAUCGGAUCGUGGCAGAGAUGGACCCAGGCGCAUCCCCGAUCCCAAAUGUGCAGGGUAGCGCAGUGACGCGCAUGGUCCUCCCAAUCGUUGGCGGCACGGUACGAGGGCCACAUAUCAACGGCGAGAUUGUAAAGAACAGCGGCGCAGAUUGGGCCCAGCGCCUCGAGUCCCCAAAGGCCCCAACCAAGCUAAAUGCUCGCUACACGCUCAAGACGGACGAUGGCCACUUCAUCUUGGUCAAUGCUGUGGGGACCGUGAUUGGGGGGCCACCCAUGGACGGCAUUGAUGCCGCCUGGCCACCCCAGCCAGGCAAGCCGUUGACCAUCUCACAAGACCAGGCCGAGUACUUCACGCAGAUCACGUUCGAGGCGGCGGGUGCGAGCCCCUACGAAUGGAUGAACUCAGUUGUUGCCGUUGGGGUGAUGGUGAUGACCGAGGGAAAGCCGAUCAUCGAUUGCUACCGGCUGACCAACUUUCCCGGCUCGGGGACGGCGCAUCUCUGAUGCUGUUUUGAUGCGCCCCGUCACAGAGACCCUUCACUCCCGGUUGAAUUUGAG